AUGAGGCGGUCAAUCCUCCUUCUUUGGCCAACUGCAUGCUUGCUACUCGUGGCCGUCACUCUCUACGUCCGCCGUGACCAGUUCACCACGGCGUACUUUACGCAAUCCCAUCUUUCACGGCCAGAUGGAGGAGACAAGCAUUUGCCGUCGCAGACCGGGGUUUUGCCCUCAGCGACGUCUUCAGGGAACCAGCCCGCUCUCCCUUUAGAAACCACGGCGCUGUACGUGAAGGCUAUUAUGAACAUAGAUACAGCAACUCUCCCGCAUCUGGAAUGUCCCAAGCUGGACCCAUCUCGAUACCAGCAGCUGCAGGUAACCAACGACGCCUCCGAAGCAACCAUCCGGUACUUCUUCGCCCUCGAUCUCCGCCAAUGCGUUGCCCUUCUCCCCCGGCUUAUCGGGAGCGUGGUGGAAGCCAUGCGGUUCUUAGGCCCCACGAACUGUGCCCUCUCCAUCAUCGAGGGCAACUCAAAAGACGGCACCGGCGAGGUCCUCGCCGCGUUGCUCCCGGAGCUUGAAGCCCUAGGCGUAACCUACUACUUCAGCACCACAGCCAUCAACCCCAAAAAGGGCGACCGCAUCACCGCCCUCGCCCAGCUGCGCAACCUGGCCAUCCAACCCCUCCUCGACGACACCUCCAUCACCACCUCCCCCACCACCCCCAAACCCCAACGCCGAACCCCCCCAAAGCCAAAAUACGACCCCGCCACCACCACCAUAAUCUUCCUCAACGACGUGGCCAUCUGCCCCGAAGACAUCCUCGAACUCGUCCUCCAACACACCACUCUCAACGCCGACAUGGUGUGCGCCAUGGACUGGACCUACGUCGGGGCCGACCCGACCUUCUACGACGUGUGGAUCGCGCGGGCGCUGUCCGGCGACGCCUUCUUUGAGAUCCCGCCCGACGGCAGCUGGGACUCGGCCUGGAACCUGUUCUGGAAUGAUGAGGCUUCGCGGGCCAGAUUGGGGGCGCGCCAGCCGUUUCAGGUUUUUUCGUGUUGGAAUGGCGCCGUGGUGUUCAAGGCGGCGCCGGUGAUGGAGGGUGGGGUGAGGUUUAGGAGGGCGAGGAAGGGGGAGUGUCAUCAGGGGGAGCCGCAGUUGUUUUGUAAGGAUUUGUGGUUUGGGGGGUAUGGCAAGAUUGCGGUGGUGCCGGUGGUGAAUUUGGAGUAUUCUGAUGAAGGGGGGAGAAAGAUCAAGGAGGCGAAGGGGUAUACGUCGAGGUGGGUGGGCUCGUCAGACUGGAGGGAUGAGGGGAUUGAGUGGCAGACGGACCCCCCGGAGAAGGUCAAGUGCACGGCGCAGUAUGAUAACCAGUUCUUCGAGGCUUGGAAUAAGACGCAGCCGGGGACUUGA